UGCUACUCCGUACUAACCGGCGGGUUAUGGUUACAGUGGAUUUCGAUCCCCUACCUUACGUGGACACUCCAUUAGGUUCGCCAUCACCCCCCCGUCGUAGCCCGCGUAUUGGAUUUGUACUACAUCUGCAGCCAAACAACGUAACUCGGUACAUUACUUUGACUUUAAUCAUCUCAGCCCUUUUUCUCCCCCUUCCCUUUCUUUACCCAGUCAAUAACAUCUCGAGUCAGAGCUCAAAGCAGGCCUGGUCUUGUUAGUUUGGCGAUGCGCUUCUGGCGUCUGUCUCUUGUCUCUCUUUCUUAACGCUCCUUUUGUGCUUGCACCUCGCUCAUCUUAACUUAAUUGCUUCGUAUCGAUCGAUCGAAACCGCGAUUUCGCCCGCUCCUUUUCAUCCGGUCCCCUUCAGCGAAUGGCACUGUUUAUCUCGACUGCUUUGUGACACGCCUGAACCAGCUUCUUAUCGGAUUGAAUAUACGACAACCGAGGGCGCGGUUAGCGCUCAAUCACCAUCAAGAUGCCUUCCGAAAAGACUCCUUUCUAUGAUCCUAUACCGCCCACUUACGAUCAGGCCGUGGCUAGCGGUAGUUAUUACGAUCCAGAUGACUGGGCUCCUGCUCCGAGGUCUCCAACAAACGAACGUAAUGCAACAGAGGCGGAAUCACAGGGCCUCCUACAACAUUCGAGUGGCGCCAGCUCCUCCCGCAGGCCCGACGGUUAUCGACCACCAACAGUAGAGACGGACGAUGAAGACAGUUUAUGGGCCAGCGAUAGCGAGAGUGACGAUGAAGCCGCGCAGGUUCGACGUGAGAUGCAGGAGAUGGAGAUCGAGGAGCCCGACCGAUCCCGGGGCUCUCAGUGGGGGAAGCGAAUAGGGUCAUAUCUAACUCUACCACGGUGGAAAUGGUCCUGGAGGCCGAGAUUACCACGAUUACGCAUACAAUUACCUCAACGAGCUGAUGCGCCAGCUGCCGACAAUGCCGAGAAUGCCACGGGUGAGAAUGAGGAGACGCCAAGCCAGACAACGAGGAGGUGGAAUAUACCAAAGGUGGACAAAACAACCGUCAUCUUAUUUUGUGUACGCAUUUUGGCCCUCACAAUUAUCCUGGGAUUUUUCUAUCUGCUCUUCGCCAGCGAUAUGUUUGGUGGUUUGUCAGAUAGAUUAGGAGGUGGUUUCCGUUUCAAUCCUGAGGACCUUAGAGCCCAUCUGCUGCGUACCGUCGAUCCCAUGAGAAUGCGCGCAUCAGUACAGCACUUUUCGAACUACGCCCAUAUUGCUGGCACUGAGGGUGAUUAUGCGACCGCGUUGGAUGUUCAGGCCAUGUUCAGCAGGGCACUACUGGAUGAGGUUAUGAUGGAUGAGUAUCAGGUUUAUCUCAACUAUCCCCGCAAGGAUGGUCGUGUGGUGCAGAUCAUGGACGAGAAGGAUCUCAAGAAGGCCAAAUGGACGGCUAAGCUAGAAGAAGAGGAGGUCGGAGGCGAAACUGCAGGUCGGCAAACGUACGCCUUCCACGGGUACUCAAAGUCGGGUGAUGUCAAGGGACCCCUAAUUUACGCCAACUAUGGUACAAGAGACGAUUUCAAGCAUCUUGCAAGCAAAGGUUUUAAUGCCACGGGAGCUAUUGCGUUGGUGAAAAACGGUGGUCCUCUGGAGAAUCAGGCUCUCAAAGUCAAGGCAGCCGAGCUGGCAGGCUUUGCUGGCUGUCUUAUCUACUCCGACCCUGCGGACGACGGUUUCAAGAAGGGUGUUGUAGCUCCUGAAGGACUGUAUAUGCCCUCAGAUGGUGUUCAAAGAGGCUCCGUAGGUCUCACUAACUGGGGAAUUGGUGACCCCUUGUCGCCCGGUUAUGGUAGCAAGGGUGAUCAGCGAAUCACACUCGACAAGGCCAAUGGACUUGUCGGUAUCCCCAGUCUCCCUCUCGCUUGGAGAGAUGCCAAGGUUCUACUACAGCAUCUCAAGGGUUAUGGCGAAAAGGUGCCUAACAAGUGGGAGGGCGGCGUCCCAGAUGUCGAGUGGUGGACCGGCAGUGAGAAAUCCCCAAUUGUGCGCUUGAAGAACGAGCAAGAUGAGGAUUCAUUACACACUAUCUGGAAUGUUUAUGGUCGAAUUAAUGGUAUGGAGCAGACGUCCAAGUCUAUCAUCAUCGGCAACCAGCGAGAUUCUUGGGCUUUCGGUGCAACGGACCCCCACUCAGGCACAGCUGUCAUGAUUGAGAUGGCUCGAAUCUUUGGAGAUCUUGUACAGCGAGGCUGGAGGCCACUGAGGACCAUCGAAUUUAUGUCUUGGGAUGCCUCUGCGUACAACCUGAUUGGCUCAACUGAAUAUGUCGAGCACAACUCAGAGGCUUUGCGUGACAAUGCCUUUGCUUACCUCAACCUUGGGGCGGCUGUCGUCGGAAAAGACCUGCAUGCUUCAGGAUCGCCGGUGUUCCGAAAGUCUCUCCUUCAUGCCCUGGGCCGAGUUAUCGAUCCCUCUACUAAUAGUACAUUGAAGGACCUUUGGGAACAGAGCCAUGCCGAGCUGAAGCAGCCAGAGGGACGUGGCGACCACAUUCCAUUCCAGGAUAUCGCAGGAACAAGUGCACUCGAUCUGGCCUUCAGGGGGGCCCAGGUCCCUCACCACUCAAGUUACGACAAGGUUGGAUUGGUGGACAACUUCAUCGAUCCCGACUUCGAGUACCACGGUGCAAUGGGACAAGUGAUAGCUCUGCUCAUUCUCGACAUGGCCGAUCGACCCAUCAUGCCGUUUGAUAUGGGCUGGUAUGCACAGAGACUGGGCCAAUGGGUCAAAGAACUCGAGAAGUGGGCACUUAAGCAAAUGGACGGCCAGCCCAAGGGCGAGAAAGACGCAUUCAAGGAGCUCAAGGACGCCGCAACACUUGUCCAACACAACGUCGCCACGUUCGAGAAGUGGGAAAUGGAAUGGGACCGCGAGGUCUUGGGCAACGGAGGCUGGGAAGCCAACGAUAUUGGUGCCUCUCGACUUGCAUACAACAACAAGAUGGCAUACUUUGAGACAGCGUUACUGGACCUUGAAAUCGGCGGUGGUAUUCCCAACCGAACACAGUUCAAGAGCGUCGUCUUCGGACCAGAGGCUUGGUCCAACGACGGAGCCAUCUUCCCUGCUAUUCGCGACUACAUCGAGGAGGGAAACUGGAAAGCCGCCAAACCGAUAGUUGCCAAGACGGCAGCGCUUCUUCGCAAAGCAGCAACAAUCUUAGAGAUGCAAUAAAGCACGUGUAUGAUUUGAGCAGCGAAAAGAAAAGCCCUCUCUUUGUUUCCCUUUCUAUAUCGAUAUCAGUCCAGGCAAGCCCGCCAUUGUUUGUUUGUUUUUUUCUUUUACAGGAUAUACAUAGUGUUUUUGGUUUCUGACCCCAGGACACACUGCGUAGCUUUCACGCAAAAAUGUACAGGAGGCAUUGCACGGAGUUUGGUUUACGUAGAACCCUGCUUUUCUACGCUUUUUCUUUUAUUACUUUCUUGGGUAGGGCAGGACUUGUUAAGGCAACUCGUCGGGAUAGAGUGAUGGGGUAUGUGUCUGAUCGCCCUGACUGGGUAGAUGGGAUGUUUUUUCUUUGUUAUAUAGUAAUGAAGGAAUGCGAGUCGCUCAUGUACCCUGAUAUAUUGCAUCAUGUUGAUUUUGCUCUAAUAUAUGCUUCGUGAUCGUGUCGCUCAAGAAUCUCUGGUCGUUGACCUCUUAAGCCUUCUGGGACUCAUAGUCCUGCACAGAAACCAGCUUUCCAACAACGUUGUACUUCUCCAAGAAUCUCUCCUCCCAGCCCUGGAGCGCCUCCAUCUGCUCCGCAUCGAGUCCCUCCAGCUUAUCAAGCGGACCAUCCAAGUCCUUUGUUAACAUGUCCUCAUCAAAGCUUCCACACGCAAGACCGCGACUUGCGUCCCGACCGGCAAAGUUGCUAUAAGGACCACCAGGGCCGUAGAAGUUACGGCCAGGCGAAACGUCGAAAACGCGGCCGCGCACAGCGAGAAAGA